CAGCUGCCGUAAUAAAAGCAAAGAGAGUGGGGCUUUUUCACCAACUCUGCAACAAUGAUCCGGACAGAGACGAGCUGUAGGCUGGUGGUUGUCCUCUUCUUUAUCGUCAACACAGGUCUCUCCAGUCCUCUGUCCGGUAAAGAAGACUGGGACUAUGUGGAGGUGAGGGACGGGGCCCACAUGUUCUGGUGGCUGUAUUAUGCUGACAGUCCGUCUGCACACAGUAUGGAUCUGCCUCUGGUCUUGUGGCUGCAGGGUGGACCUGGAGGAUCAGGAACUGGAUUUGGGAACUUCGAGGAGAUCGGACCUUUGAACAGGAACCAGGAGCCCAGGAAGACCAGCUGGGUCCAGGCAGCCAGUGUGUUAUUCGUGGAUAACCCUGUGGGCACCGGCUUCAGCUACACCGACGGACCGGGCGGUUACGCCACCGACGUGUCCAUGGUGGCCUCGGACAUGCUCGUGCUGCUGCAGCACUUCUUUAAAGACAAGGCAGAGUUUCAGAGCGUCCCUUUCUACAUCUUCUCUGAGUCUUAUGGAGGGAAGAUGGCCGCUGCAAUCUCCUUGGAGCUGACGAAGGCCGUAGCACACGGGUCAUUGAAGUGUAACUUUGCUGGUGUGGCACUGGGAGACUCAUGGAUUUCUCCUCUGGACUCGGUCAUGACCUGGGGACCAUACCUCUACACCACCUCUCUGUUGGAUGAAUACGGCCUGGCAGAAGUCAGCAGUGCGGCGGAUGCUGUCAAGCGAGCGGUGGAGCUGCAGCAGUUUGAGAAAGCGACGGAGCUGUGGUCAGUGACUGAGACUGUGGUGGAGCAGAACACAAAUGGAGUCAAUUUCUACAACAUCCUGACGCAGGAGCCGGAUGAGGGAGUUGUCACUUCAGCAGGAGAAGAUUACAUCUCUCUGCAGACACGCCGCCAUAUUCAACCCCUCCAUAGCCAAUCCCUCAGCGAGCUGAUGAACGGACCAAUCAGGAAGAAACUGGUCAUCAUCCCCCAGAAUGUCACCUGGGGAGGCCAGGCAGAGGAAGUCUUCAGCAACAUGGCCGGAGACUUCAUGAAGCCGGUGGUGGAUGUGGUCGAUCAGCUGCUCGAGGCUGGAGUCAACGUCACCAUCUACAACGGCCAGCUGGACCUCAUAGUGGACACCAUGGGCCAGGAGCUGUGGGUGAAGAAGCUGAAGUGGGAGGGGCUACCUGGGUUUAACAAGAUGAGGUGGACCCCGCUGGAUGACCCUGCCUCCCCUGGUGUGACUGGAGCUUUCUACAAGAAUCAUAAGAACUUCUCUUUCUAUUGGAUCCUCAAAGCCGGACACAUGAUCCCCUCAGAUCAGGGUCCCAUGGCCUUACAGAUGCUGAAGAUGAUCACCCAGCAGGCCUGAACCCCCUCAUGAGGAUGCCAGCUGGAAUGGCUCUGACAAUCACGAAGAUCACAAACCCUCUUUUAUAUUUCACUUCCUGCUUGACCAAAAUAAAAAUUCAAUUCCAAGUAGAAUCCUGGUACUCUAAUUUUAGCACUGACAUGUGUGGCUGGAAGCCAAAAUAAAGCCUUUGUUUUUGUAAAUA